AUGGGCUCAAUCCAACAAACCGCGGCGCCGUUCAACCUCACGGAGGUUGAUCGCCUGGUGCUCGCGCAGACAGACGAGGAGUUUGUCCACCAUGACUGGGAGGACCUGAAAGCGAUAAUCGCUCGGAAUGACCUUGGAGCCCUGCGCCGUACGCCAUCUGAUCUGAAACGGUACAUAGUCUGGACCAACGACACAAAAGCCACAUAUGGCUCCAUUACAAACUAUAUCUGCCAAAAGCGUCUAAAAUGGUCGUCCCCAGAUCCAUCUUCAUCAUCAUCUUCUUCUCCAUCAGCUACAUCUUUAUCAUUGUCUGGCUCAAAUUCGCCUGCAGCGCCCCAACUCCCAGAAAUCCCUUAUAGAAAUGCAACCCCAUUUGCAGACCCUUCUGAUUACAGAGUCUUGCGCAAUGACUGGCCCUAUGGCCUGACGCCGGAUAUCACGCAUGUCGUCGUCUGGUCCAAGACGCCUAUUGCCACGAAGCCCGAGAACGGAGAUGUGACAGAUGAGUCGCGGGCGUUCAUAGAGGGCUUUGUAGACCGGACUUUUGUGCAGAGAUUACAGAAGGAGCCUGGUUUUGAGCAAAUGAACAAAGAUGCUAUUAGGAGGGAGCAUGUGCUGUGGUUCAAGAACUGGACGGCCUUGCAGAGCGUGAGGAGUUUGGAGCAUUUUCACAUUCUGCUUAGAGGUGUUCCCAGUGCUAUUAUCACUGAAUGGACGCAUGAGAGCGACGUUGUUCGGUAG